UCUUGGGGCAUAUAGUGGUGAAAACAACAAAGGUGUUGAACUUACUGAAGCGGCCAAGCAAUUUGAUCAGGAAGUUCAGGGAAAACUUUUAGAACAGAUUCAGCUGUCGGUGUGUUGCCAAUAAGUUUGUCAUUAUGGCAUCAAACCGCGAUGGACGAAAUAGUUCUGCAUCUUCUCACAGCGGUAGUAACAUUCCGCCAAAUCGUGGAUCGAUCCGCACCCCCAAACGACCUCGGCCCCAAACUGGUGGCUACGAGGAAAAAAAUUCAGACUUUUCUUGUCCCAUUUGUUUUAAUCUAAUCGACGAAGCGCAUAUAACAAAAUGCGGUCAUACGUAUUGUUUUGGCUGCAUCACAAAAUCGCUGGAAACACUGAAAAGAUGCCCAAAGUGCAACGCCGCAAUCACGAACGAAGAUAUUUUUCCGAAUUUCUUGCUGAAUGAUCUCAUUAAGAAGCAUAAACUAAGAACCAAUGGAUAUGAGGCAUUAGGUAUUACUAGAGACAGUUCUGGGGAGUUUAGCACUGGAGCAGAUGGUCUUCGAGAUUUUGUGGCUUCAGAAUCACAGAACUUAACACUGCCAGAUGUGAACGUAAUGCUAGAGGUGUUAACCCAAAGAAAGCAGCUUUUGGAAGCGGAAUCUUGUGCAGCUCAAAAUCGUUUAGUAUUGGAAUUUUUGAAGCAUUUACUUAAACAGAAGAAGGAGAGACAAGCCCAAAUAGCAAAAGAAAUAACAAUUAUUGAACAAGAUAUUAUUGAGGUUGUGAAUAAGUUAAAGGAAGUUCAUAGUAAAUGUCCCACUUUGGAAGAUGUUGAGAGAACAGCUGCUGGAGCGUCAGAAUCAGAUGCCUCAACAGUAAAUGCUAUGAAAAAAGAGAUGAUUGAAAUGAUUGAUAGCAUUGGAACGUCUACUGGUGGAAAAGAGGAGUCUUCUGAAACGCCAACGCGACCUUCAGCUUCCUUCGCCAUGAGACGUAGACGCAUGCACGCCUACUUCGACGAUUUCGUCGACUGCUAUUUCUCCAGCAGGUCCAAAGACCUGAUACUAGGAAAGGCUGAUAACAAAACGAAAUCUGCCUCCUCGGUAGCUGAGCCCAAUCCGGGCUUGGACCAAUUCCGAGAGAGCCUGAUCAAAUUCUCAGCUCACAACUCGCUGAGAGUAUUGACAUCCUUGAACUACUCCAGUGAUCUGUUUAACAACUCCACUAUAGUGUCGAGCAUAGAAUUCGAUAAAGAUAACGAGUUUUUCGCUAUUGCCGGAGUAACAAAACAGAUCAAGGUGUUCGAUUAUGGAGGAGUUAUGAAGGACGUGGUCAAUAUACACUACCCUUGUUUGGAGAUGCUAUCGCGAUCAAAGAUUUCGUGCGUCAGCUGGCACAAUUACUAUAAGAGUACGUUGGCGUCCAGCGAUUACGAGGGGACGGUUACCAUUUGGGACGCCUCGACGGGACAGAGAACGAAGACUUACCAGGAGCACGAGAAACGGUGUUGGAGCGUGGAUUUCAAUUGCGUGGAUACGCGCUUGAUUGCAUCAGGAUCAGACGACGCCAGGGUAAAACUCUACUCUCUGAACGAAGCCCAUUCCGUGGCCACCCUGGAAGCCAAAGCCAACGUCUGCUGCGUCAAGUUCAAUCCGAAGAGCUCCUCGCACCUAGCUUUCGGCAGCGCUGACCACUGCGUCCACUACUACGACCUGCGCAACAUGAAGGAGGCGGUGAACAUAUUCAAAGGUCACAAAAAAGCCGUGAGUUACGUCAAAUUUUUAAACAGCGAAGAGAUCGUGUCGGCCUCGACCGAUUCUCAGCUGAAAAUGUGGAACAUUGAAACGCCUCACUGCCUCAGGUCGUUCGUUGGUCACGUGAACGAGAAAAAUUUCGUAGGUCUGGCCACAGACGGCAAUUUCAUCGCUUGCGGCUCGGAGAACAACGCUCUCUUUGUAUAUUACAAGGGUUUAACGAAGAAAUUGUUUAGUUAUAAGUUUGAAACGGUAGAGGGCGUGUUAGAACCGGAACGGCGGGAAGACGACACGAAUGAAUUUGUCUCGGCCGUCUGUUGGAAACAGAAUUCUAAUGUUAUACUGGCAGCUAAUAGUAGGGGAAUAAUAAAUAUUCUGGAAUUGGUAUAAUCGCAUCUGGGUUAAUUUUUCGUUGCGGUUAAUUUCAAAGAGACAAUCACUUGACAGAAGAAUGCGAAAUAUUGUUGUUGGGUCUCGAGCAGAACUGAACAUAAUUUAUUACCGAUUUUAAUAAUAAACUUGUAUGGAGUGGCAAAAGUGGGCCUGUCCAAUCUAUCGUAAACCUUUUUAUUAGUUUUUCAGUUCUUUAUUGUGUUGUACUAUUAUUGGGAGGAAAAUUGAAAAAAAAACUGGUUGAACUAAAAAAGAAUACCUAGUGGUUAAAAUCUGUCAUCGUUUGAACAGUAUACAGUGUCGAAACAUAGACAUAAAAUCUAAUUAUUAUUAUUUCUUCUUAAUGCUGGUCAGAAAAACGACGUCUAAUUAGCUUGGAAAUACAUAUAAAAUGACGUUUGUUUUUCGAUCGAAUAGUACUGUUUUGUCAACUAACCCCACGAUUUACGUAUCUAAAAAAUAUUUUUUUUUAUUUAUAGUUAUGACCAUUAAAGCUAACUACAAAAUGUUUCAGGAAAAUAUACUAUUUUAUUGCUUCUUUUUGUUAAAAAUAUUCUCUUUAGUGGAGAUGUAACGACAGGUUCAUAGUUAUUUAAUUAUACUACUUGAAAAUGCUUUAAAAUGAGACACCAACCUUCAGAGAAUGUUGCGAAACCUAAAUACGAUGUGUAAUGUUAUUGUGAUGAAUUGUGUAAUGGUCAGUAUAUCCCGAAUUUCAUUGUAUAGUAAAAAAUUAUAUUUAUUUCAUCACUGAAUAAUACCAUUCCAGAUAUUUAAUAUUAACCUAAAUUGUUACUUUUAUAGCAACAUAUUAGUAUUUUUUUACUUUGUUCUGGAAUACGAAGCUGAUAAAAAUAUCUUAAAUUAUAUAUGAUUUUAUUAAA